CUUCAUAUUUCAAAUUCGAAAGUAUUGGACAAAGAUGGCAGACAAUUUGGACGACGAGUGGUGGGAAAAACAAAAUAAUCAAGUCCCUGAUUCAGGUUCAGAAUCCAAUGAUGAAGAUGUAGAGAUUGAGAAAGCAGACAGCAAACAAAACAAAAGAAAGAUCACUACUACUGAAACAGAUAAAGAUGAGGAUCCUCCAAAGAAAAAGAAGAAAAAGAAAAGAAAGAGAAUUACAGAAGAAUUAAAAGAAGGAAGUUCCAAACGAGGCUCUGCUGAACAGCUGGUACAGGUCAUCGAGAAACAUUUUGAUGGGAAACUAUCAGCCGUAGAACAGGAUGAGAUGAAACUUGAUACUGGUCAUGAUUUCUAUGGUAGUAGUGAGGAAGACCACACACCAACAUCAUAUUUUAGGUCAAUAUUACCAAAGUGGAAUAAACUUUUGAAGACAGAACUAAAGCCAGGAUCUCCUCUGGUUCUUGUUCUAUGUUCCUCAGCAAUCAGAGCAGUAGAAUUAAACAGAGAAUUGAAAGAUUUCAAAACAGAAAGUUGUAAAUGUGCCAAAUUAUUUGCCAAACAUUUUAAGUUAGAAGAACAGCAGAAGUUCCUGGAGAAAAGAGUUUGUCAUUUAGGCAUUGGAACACCAAACAGAAUCUUAGCUUUGUUGAAAUUAAAAGCACUACAUCCCGAUGUAAUAAAGGCGGUCGUAUUGGACUUUAAUUGGAGAGAUGUCAAGUCUAAGAGAAUUAUAGACAUUCCCGACGUGAAAGGAGAUCUGUUGAAUCUAAUGAAAGACUAUCUUAUUCCUCACAUAAACAAUUCUAAAUGUAAAAUUGGAAUAUUAUGAUAUUAAAAGAUAUGUUUUAGUA